AUGGUUUUUGAGCUACUAUUAGCUGAUCACGAUCCAAAGUUGGCACAGCAUUUGGCGGAGAAUGAUAUUCUAUCACUUAUGUAUAUUACUCAGUGGUUUAUGAAAAUUUUCACAGACUUUAACAUGGGCCUGAGUUUUACGCGUUUGGUUAUUUUGAAUGUUUUUGAAUUAAAUUUAAAAUUUGCCAAAUUUCAUUCCCGAUUGGGUUGGCCAUUAUGGACUGUUCAAGGGAUCGAGCAAGCGUUCAAAAUUCGAUUAAAGCGUAGCGUAAUUAGAAGAAUAACCAAGAGAGUUAAUGCAAUGGAAAAGAAUAAUGAAGUUUGGUCGGAUGCAGCAUACGUUAAUACAGCGGGUGGUAGGUAG